AUGGACACAGCGGCCACCAAUCUGAGCGCCCACGCGAAACCUUGGGCACCCAAUGGGCCGGGCUCGCAGCAACCGCAGAUGCAGCAUCCUCGCAGCCACAGCAACCAGUAUAGCCAGGACAGCGGCGUAAGCAGCGGGCAAGGAGCCGGCAUGCAGCGCGGCAUGCGCGCGAGAGGGUGUGCGAACAACGGAUCCGCCAACAGCAUGAUGGUGCCUGGGCAGCACCAUCACGAAUAUGGGACCCUGAACGGGAUGCUGCACAGCAUACAACAGCAGCAGCCGAAACUGAGCUCAACGGCGGCGAAGCUCUUUGUAGGCCAACUGCCGUUCGAGUGCACUGAGGAGCGGCUGCGCAACUUAUUCAGCGCAUACGGCAACGUAGAGCACAUUCACAUCUUGCGGGACAACAGCAACCGCAGUCGUGGUGCCGCCUUCAUCACCCUCUCCACGGUGCAGGAAGCCGAUACGGCCAUCUUCACUCUGCACAACCGCUACCGCAUGCUUACAAACCGCGCCAUUCAGGUCAGCUACGCCAAGAACAGCCCGAACAUAUCCCCCUUCGGCACCCACAGCGCGGUGGAGGUGCAUCAGUCGAAUCCAACGAACCCGCUGCCGGACGUCGCCGGCCUCGCCACACAGGUGGCUCGCCUGUUCUGA